GGUCAGUUCUGGCGCGUGGAUGCGAGAUUCUCGAGUUCUGUCUGGAUAUAGAUGUGCUUAAAAUUAUAUCUGUGCGGUGAAAGUUUCCAAACUGGUCGUCGCUACCGGUUUUGCUGUAGAUACUAGACCGACAUCGUCGUUGGUGCUCUAUGCUGUCGGUGACCCAAACGUGCACCGCGUACAGUAGAGAACCUAGUAGAGCAGGGUCUCUUGUAGUGCAAUCAGUGUGAUAAUAAAGUUUAAAAUCAACAAGCUAGACAAGCGACCGAACGACAGUAGCAGUGAAACGAGAGAGAAAAAAAAAACAGAAAUCACUCCCCCCAUCAAGAAUUCAAAUGAGAUGCAAAUUCCACCAGUGAUAAUGCGAUUAUUAGUGAUUUUAAGCGUUUCGUUAUCCGUCGUUCGGGUAUCCGAAGCCGUUCUGAACUAUUCGAAUGCUGUAACGCGGGAGCCUUUCAAUGGUGACACAGUGGCUACCGUGGUCAGAGGGCAGAACGCUGGGGAAAACGGUGCUAGUACGCGCUUGGUACUUCGUCGCCCUGUUGGCUCAGCGGUGCGGGCAUCUGGUAAUGGUACCGGACUGUCAAGGCAGAGAUCGUUGCAGGAUGCAAGUCGAUUGGUAGCCGCACAAUCGAUUUCCAACGGUCAGGCAGUUGAUCCACCGGCAUCGAUUCCUGCGAAAAAUGUCUAUCGCACCAGGCUCUCUAAAUUGAAGAUCAUAUUGCUGGCUGAUGUGAUGGGUGAUGUGCCUCCACCGUUGGAAUUAAUCACUUGCUUGGCGAACUCAUCGAAUCUUAACAUAACUACCAAGCACUGCGACUGCGAGAGCUACUCCUGCAAAGAUCUGCUGACAUCAUCGUCGAGUUCGUCACCUUUCAACUCGGUUCAUCAGAGGAAAAUUCACACAUCUUGCCGGGACGUUUGCUGUCGAAAGAAAAAAUUCAACCGUUCCAUCGAGCCUACGAUACAGAAUGCCGUCGCUGCCGCGGUUUACCGUCACAACUCCAUCGCACCUGUUCUAGCACAGACCGGAGAAGUGGAUCCUCCCCGGCUGGCAGGCGUGAUGUCCUCGGAUCGGCCCUCGUUACCGCAGGUGGUGACGACACCCAUCAUCAGUGCCGACUUGCCGUCACGUACUCAUCCGUUGGCACGCGGUCGUCCGCAUCGGAAUUGUGAUGGUCGCACCGUAAAUCAAACUGCAAUUCCGAGCGACAGUGCGCUCAAUCGAGGCAAAGGUCCUGAGCUUGAAGGGUCAUCAGCAUCGAUGUCGGCACCGGCAGACCAGCUGCCCUGGCUCUAUCGGGUGGUUUUAAUUGAAAAGGCGCUGACAAUUUGUGCUGGUACGUUAAUCCAUCCGAAUGUGUUGCUGACCACUGCAGUAUGCGUGAUAAACAAAAAUCCGGACGAGUUAAUUGCGCGAUGCCAGUCAACCAAAACGAGUCGGAACGCAACCUCUUCCGGUGCUGGUGGUAGUGAGGAGCUAUCGCGGACCAUCCGAAGGAUCUUGCUGCCAAACCAGUUUGCCAGGACGUUCGAACGGUUGGAAAACAAUGUUGCUUUGCUCGUAUUGCAACAGGACGACAUAGUCAAACAACAGCAGCUUGCCGGUGUAGACGCUCCUCCGAUGUCGUUGGUGCUCAAACAAGCCUUCCCUGGCACUUGGUAUCGGUCGCUCCGACCGUCGACAGCGGAAGCGAAGCCCUCUGCCAGCGUCCAGAGUGGAUCCAAGUCAGCACAGGAAAUGGCACUGGAACGGCUUCCAAACUCCUACCUCACAUCUGCUUCGGCGGAAGACAAACGUAACUCGCACGAACCGGCCUAUAUUUGCUUAUCAUCAAUUAUAAAUCAUCCUCCUGCGUCGUCUAAGAUUUGUCGAAUUUAUUCCUGGAGGAAGCUACGGAAAAGUGCUGCCUUUGGCACCAUCGGACAGAACCGUUCGGAUGCUAGCAGGAGACAACGUAGGAACCAGCGGCCACGGUCACGACUCUACCCGGCUUCGGCACGGCAGCACCAACAGCGCCGUUUGGAUUCGAUUCGAAGCGACUACGGCGAUGGCACUAAUUACAUAACGGCAAAUAUUAGCAUUUUUCCGGCCAUCGGCAGCCAGUGCCAGUGGGAGCACCGGGAAUAUUUGCAACACCAGGGAAAUCUGUGCGCUGGACCGGAGGACAAAAGUCAAAGCUUGGAUGUGGAUCUCAGUGGAUCCCCCCUAAUCUGCACGGAAGCAUUUGGAAAAGGACAAAUCCGUGUUGAGGUGCGAGGAAUUCUCACGUGGUCAACGGAUAUCAACCAUGCGCCGCAUUUGUUCACCAACCUUACAACCUAUCGCAAUUGGAUCGAGGAUGAGUUAGAUAAGUUGGAUCAGCAGCGAUUUUGGUAGUACAACCAUAGAGGCAUUUUUUGUAUUAAGUAGCGUUAAUAAUCUUGUCCGAGUCGUCUAGUGAGAUUGAGUAUUCAGUGGUACGUGAUAAGAGUGGAUUUAUGCAGGCAAUAAAAUUGCUUUUUAUUAUUAUUGAAUGGUAUUUGACGAUUUGU